CUCUAUGGGGCAACUUUGUCAUGACUGAAGGAAUUCAAAUUGAUUUACAACUUAGUCAAGGCAAAUUUCCGAUUGUUAUUGCUCAGGGAGUUCAUGUAAAUGCAUUCCAAGGUAUUACACUGAGUACGAGAUAUGAUACCACUAUCGAAGUAAAUCCACCCGGACAACAUGCAACGGUUCUUAAUAAAUGGAAAGACAACAACUUAAGCGUUAUCUACAAAACAAUUGUAGACAAAACUUAUCUUGACUCUUUUCUCACACUCUCAAACGCAUUGCAACAACCAAAGUGCACCUUUGCUGAAAUUGACAAUGAAUUAAAGCAGAAACCUAUUGCAUGGGUUAGAGGGAAGCUUAGUUUCCUGUAG